CGAUUUCGACUUCGGAUAUGCAUAUUUGUUUCUCUUUCUUUCUUCUUUUCUAGGUUUUUUUUGUAACCCGUAACAAUUAUCCACAGAUAUUGUCCUUAAUUGCUAACAUCUUAUUCGGUCUCUCGACUCUCUUGCUUUCUAAAAUUCAUAUAAUCAUUUAUUAUUUACGAGUUUACUGUUGUCGGAAAAAUUUUGAAAAACAGAGAGUCAAAAAUGAAUUCUACCAACUACUAACUAAUAAGUAAAAGAAAGAAGGAAAACUUGGAGCAUGGUAUGAAUAACAACAUCCAUUUCAUGAGGAUUAAAAUAAAUAUUUUCAUACACUCUUAUCUCCACCUUUAUUAUACAAUGUGGAAGAAGUGAACGUAAUAAGAGAAAUAAGACAAGCUCGCUAUAAUGAGUUAAGGUACAUGUUUGCGAGAGAUAUGAUGGGAAGUAAAGGGUACUUGUAAAAUAGCAAGUAUAUAUGGAAAAAGGGAUUAUAGGAGAAAGGGAAAUAGAGAAAGGAAACGAGAAGGAAGAAAAGGGAAGUGAGAGAGGGCAAGAGGGAAAGCGAAGAAGAAAGAGGGUGUAGAGAGUUUGCGCGACGUUCGACCCGAAUCUCUCAUCGGACGUUAAGCCAGCCAGCCAGCCAGCCAGCCAGCGAGCGAGCCAGCCAACCAGCCAGCCAGCCAGCCAGCUAGAUAUUCAGUCAUCUAGCCAUCUAUCCAGGCAGCUAGUCAGCUAGUCAGCCAGUCAGCUAGUCAACCAAGAAGCCAACAAGCCUCUCAUCCAGUCAACGUUCCAAAUUUUUGAGUCAACUAUUGAUGGAACCUCGAUAUCUUAAUUGAUAUUGUCAAAUAAAAGAGGACAAGCGAUGCUAGGAAGCGGAAACCUGAAAUUAGAUUGACAGUAUAAGGAGAUCGUGAAACGGCGUGCCUAACUUGGAAUGCUUAUACCGGUGGUGUCGGGCACUUGGGGCUGGGGAUUCUUCGCUCUUUUCCUGUUCGUUUUUGCCACCCCCAGUCCAGCUGCUAUCCGCAGAGCGGAUCGAGAUCAUUGUAACAAGACAGUGGAUUUAUACGAAGAUGUAUCGAGUCCGGCUGUGACUUCCGCAAAUUGGGGAAAACCACUAUCUUGCUGGUAUCGUUUUCGAUCGUUUCGUGGAACUCCACGAGAUUGGAUCCUGCGAGUUCGUUUCAAGAAGUUUAAAGUUGGCGUAUUAGAAAAUGCCACCACCUGCUCCGGCGGUUAUUUACAGAUUGUAGAUGGAAACACGAAAACAGAAGUGAGCAAUCGAAAAGAUCCUGGGAUUUAUUGUGGUGAGUCGGAGCAACCGCAAACAUUUAUUUCCGAGACAAGUUUCGUCCGUGUGAUAUUCCACGCGGAUAACUUUACGGACCAAACGUACUUUAGCUUCGACUCCCGCGCGGAACAACAGUUCGAGGUAUACUUGAGAUACGGCCAACAUCCUGAACUCUACCCAAAUCGAAGAGGUGAAAUUGUGCCCGGUAGCUAUUGCGAACGAGUUUUCAAGGAUUGCAGGCUACAAACGUGUUACGUACAGAGCCCUGCUUACCCAGGCAUUUAUCCGCGCGCGUUACAUUGUAAGUACCGACUGAAUACACGGCUGCCUUUUAUAAAGCUCUACAUUGAGAACGAGGAGUUCAAUAUUGACGGGCAAAGAUGCGAGAAUAUAAUGACUUGCCCUAUGAGACCGAUAAGCUCUGGCUCGGAGCAUUGUCCGUACGACUAUAUACGAGUUUACGAUGGCAAGGAUGAAAAUAGCCCGGCGAUCGGUACGUUCUGCGGUAUGGGAAAAUUCCCGUAUAGCAUAAUCGGUACCAGCGAGGAUCUCUAUGUGGAAUUUGUCUCGUCACCAGCGGGACCUCUGUUAAAUACCGGUUUUCACUUUAACGUUGGCAAUUGGCCGGGUCACGUAGAGACUGCUGGCGUUCGAAACGGUAGCUGCGAUUGGUUGUUAAAUAGCGAAUCUUUGCAUAGCGGUAACGAAGGAAUAUUUCUCUCGGUCGCGCACUGGUAUCCACCGUAUACCAGCUGUACCUAUCUUUUGAAAGGUCGAGCCGGCGAGAUCGCGAGACUCUAUUUCCCUAGUUUUCGAGUUAACCGGAUCGAGUCACCGAUACAACCGUACGAUGGUGACUGCGGUGAAAGUUUAACACUAUACGAUGCCGAUUGGCCGGACGAUGCGAAAAUUAUCAAAACUUUCUGCGACACGUUUAGCAAACCAAUGGAGAAGCACGAUUUCGUUUCGAGCUCGAAUGCUCUGUUCGUUAAAUUCGAGAGCAAAACGGGAAGCUACUCCGGCAGCUCGUUGUAUUAUUGGGCGCAUUAUGAUUUCUUUAAUGCGACGAGGUUCGGCGUGCCUGUACCUGGAACCGAAUGCGACGAAACGUUCGCCUCCUGGAAAGAACGAUCUGGCAAAUUUCGAUCGCCGUUAAAUACCCUGGUUUACAAGCGACCAGGUGAUCCACCGGCGGAUCUUUCCUGCACGUAUACCUUCGUCACGGACAAACGAUUAUACGCACGAGUGAUUCUUAUCGUGGAAUCGGUCUCUUUUAAGGUCCAUCCGUAUGCGCAAUGCGGUAACUGUUGGGAUAGUCGAGUCGAUCGAUUGAUCGUUAGAGAACCGCCUGUCACGGAUGUUAACAAUGACCAGUAUUCGCAACAGCAGCAGCAUCAACAAUAUCAACAACAGCAACACCAGCAGCACGCAUCGCGUCAAUUACAAAAUAGCAGUAUCGGUAGGGGUCAUUGUAUUUGUCGAUCGACGAUAACCAAUGGACCAAACAGCGACGGGCAACCGGUGCUUCGCGUGAUCUCACGAGGGGAAAAACUUGAAUUAAAGCUCCUAGUAGAUGGUGCACACGCUGCAGCGAACUAUUUUAAACAAUCCUCACCGUUGUUCGAGGCAAGGUACGAGUUUGCUCAUAGUCCAUUAUGUGGCCCAGCGAUUUUGCCAGCUACGACCGACGGCGAAAUUGAAUUCCCUCAUUACGAAGCACUCGGAUACGUUGCCCCGCCUCGACAGAUCAAAUGUAUCUGGGAACUACGAGUGAAUCGAGACAGAGAUGUUUGGUUACAUUUCGACAAGAUUAAAUUUGCCUCAAGAUCCUGCGAGGAUGGAAAACUCGAGAUAUUCUUGCCCGGAUCUACCGAACCGCAUUUCGGCAUAUGCGGUGAAAAUGUCAGUUACGUACGAGAAAUGCCGAUCAUAUCGGCAGCGCAGAUCGUCCCAAAUAUUCGUACGUCCGGGGAUCACGAAUCUGGACAUUUCAACGUGGAUUCUAUUCAAACUCAAACGCACUUACAGCAACCGGUAUCGCCGCCGCCGCCGUCGCAAUCCUCACUGCCAACGGAUCAACAGCAAGAAGAAUUCGAAUGGCCGACGGUGAUCGUUCAAUUCACUGGUUCGAUGGCACCGGCGAGAGCCGCGUUUAAAAUCGCUUGGACGGAGUUGUAUCACUUGCCACGCGAUGCUUCGGGCGCUCUGAAUACGCAGAAGCUCGAGGAAUAUUGUGGAUUUCAAUGUCCGGGCGACGCUGGUUGUAUCCCCGCGCGACUUGUUUGUAAUGGUGUUGUUAAUUGCCCUAUGCCAGAACCUCGGUCGAUUUUCAAAACAACGCACAACGGUACCGGUUUGCUGGGAAUAAUCGAGGAACCGAACGACGAAUCCAUCGAAACUUGCGGCACCGAUGUUGUCGGGGAACGUGGUGGCAUGGCCGGAUCUGGAAACGGUGUCGGUGGCUUGGCCAGCGUCGUUGGAUCUGCUGGAUGGGCUGGAGCUGGUUUAGGCGCUGCUCUUGCCAUUCUUCUCGGUCUCAUCUGCUUGGUCACCGUUUGCAAAAUUUGUCGGCAACGAGCUACUUCUAGGGACAUUCAUGUACCUUAUUGACACUGUCACGGACACGAACACGACAAUUACGUAAAUGUAAUUACAAACGCGAACGUAAACGUACGAGUACAGACCCGCAAUUUCUUCUUUUCGUUUCUUCUUCCAUGUUGGGUUAAUUGUUUUCUGUAUAUCUCGAUGCGAGCACACUAUCAGUGGACAACGUUCGUACUCGUGUCGUCGAGCGUAAAUCUGUAACAGAAAUUAUAUCGCUCCACUCGUUUUAUUCAUGCCAAUGAACAAGAAGCAAGGAAUAAUGGCAAAUUAGGCGGAUGACUGAUUAAAUAGGUAAAUAAGAUAGGUAAACAUUUUAGGUAUACACACAUCUAUACCUAUAUGUACAACGUGCGUGUAUGCGCGCGCGCGCCUCUUCCUGCAAAUGUACAGAGUGAAUUUGAAUACGACUGUAGGUAGACUCUGAAUUUUUAUGGGUUUAUGGAAAAUUUAGACGGUAGAAAGUAUGCAGAAUUCAUAUAAAA